AUGAAGCGGUCGUGGCGAAGUGUGCAGUUCAUCCCGACUACUAUUAACAACCUGGAGCCCACGGUGACGGGCGGGCCCCUGGACGCCGUGUACCGGCUGGAGCAGAUACACUAUCACUGGCCAUCUGAACACGCCAUCAACGGACACAAGUACCCCAUGGAGAUCCACUUCGUGCACAUUCGCCGAGAGCUAGACGUGGAAGCGGCACUUAAGGAAGUCGACGGAUUGGCGAUAUUAGUUGUGUUUUGGAAUUUGGUCCUGGGCUGGGAGCAACCUGUGUUGAAGGAUGAAGAUAUGCCUUACUUCGCCAACCUAAGCGUACCCGGUACACAGCUGAAAGACGUUAUAUUGAAUAUAGGAUCUCUGAUCAGAACAAACCACAGGUCUUACUUCACCUAUUCGGGGUCCCUCUCAUCACCAGAGUGCCAAGAGUGCGUCACGUGGAUUAUAUUUGAGACACCUUUGUUGGUGCCUGAGAAUUUGUAUCGUGCUUUUGGAUUUCUGGGGGUCCAAAGGAACAACUACAGAAGUACUCAAGAACUCAAUAAACACAGAAUCUUCCGUACAGUAAACAAGGCGAUCAUGACGCCUCUACUCGCCGAUACGUUCGCCGAUAUCGGCACGGUCUUGACUCAAAUUGUCAAGUCGUAUACUGGUAAAGCGUACAACUGGAGCGGGCGGGUCGCCAAAGCUGCUUUUAUGGCAUUCAAACCAGGUCAUGACAUUUUGGGACGUCAAGAGAGUGGAAGACAGCCGAUUUUUGACAGGAAGGAUAUAGGAGAUAGCGAGGAGGAUUAUCCAAAUAUUAAAGUGGACACUGGACUGGAUGACUUGGAAUUUAAACCAGGCAUUGAGGAUACAGACAAAGAUGAUUUCUUGAAUAAUGACGAACCCGAAAAUGGUAAGAUAAAUGGUGGAGAGCCUUCGAGCAAAGAUUCUCACGAGGACGCUGAUGACCUACACAUGAUGGACUUCGAUAACCUUGUACGACAUGCCAAGAGUAGUAAAUAAGCCGUUAUAUCUACAUAUAAUAUAGGUACAUUACCUGACAUUAGCCUUGAUUGU